GGGAAAGACAGGCACAGGAGCUCCUCUGACUGAUGUGUUCCUCCUUGGAUGGAUGGAGAGGAGGGAAGGAUUUUUUUUGUAUCAGAGGCGUUCUGGAAAAUGAAUCAAACUGCGGAUGUGUGAUGAAGGAAAUCCCGAUUCAAGAGGAGGAAUGAUGUAUAUAUCUAUUGGAAGCACACUACUUCUGUGCCUUCUCUGAUUGCUAGUUUACGGGGUAGAUCCAUUACGCCCGAGCUUUCCAAGGCACAUCACCUUUCAGUUAAUCUAACUUUUAUUCAUGUGGCGAUACAGUGACCACAUCCCCUGGUUAUUUAAUCAAAGUUAAGAUUGUAAUUUAAGGGGAAGAAAUAAUAGUGCAAUAUCAUGGAAAAUUAGAGCCUCUUGGCCACUAACCAAUUAGAAACUCCAGUAUUCUGUUUCUGAUUUUAAUUCGUUAUUUUCUGACACGUGAACAUGGCCAUCAACACGGACACCGACUUUGAGAAAUCCAACUUGGGCGAGGGCAGAGGAGGCGCCCAGCCCGCCGAGACGGAGAAACUUCUGGCCGUGACCACCGAGCCGGGGGGCAAUGGCAUGAAAAUGUCCUCGUCCUUCACCGUCAGCAUGGGCAGCGACAAGAGCCUGGAGACUGACCAGAACGGCCACAGUGUCCCGCUGAGGUCGGGCUCUGCCGGGCAGCUGGCCGCCGCCCCCCUCUCCCCGUCCCGGGUCAGUCUCAGCCGCACCUCCUCCACCGGGAACGCUGCCGUCCAGGAGACCCCGCCACCCCGGGACUACCUCCUCCUGGUCAUCAUCUCCUGCUUCUGCCCCGUCUGGCCCGUCAGCAUCGUCGCUCUGGUCUAUUCUAUUAUGGUGAGUGUGUGA